ACUGUUUCUUUGGGCUGUGCUGCUCUACAUGAUGAAAAGCCUGGAUAUUGGAAGAAAGAAUACAUCCUCAAACAAACAUCUGUCUUCAAAACUAGAAUAAUGUGGCUUGUUAAACCUCUGGCCCCUUAUACAGGUCUUCCAUGUAAAAACAAAGAAGCUUUGAAAGUCUCUGGCUUGAGUUGGACAAUUGUUCUAAAGGACAAAGAUGGAAAAGAGCAUAUAAUCGAGAAGCCAAACCUAUCAUUUAAAGACACAUCUGUUACCAUACUUUGGCAUGGUGCAGUCUGGCCACGCUUAGACAUGCUGUCAACCCUAAAACUAUUUGGAGUUACACCACUGCUUCUUGACCAAAGCAGACCUCUGAGCAAGAACAGACCUCGUCGAUUUUCCUUGAUUGCUGAAUACCAUCUUGCUAACCUGGCUGAAAGUAGUAUAACAGUCAGUGCUGAUGAACUUGUCCAGCUCUUCAGUCUGGAUCCAGGACUCUUAGUAGGGAUUUGGAAGGAGAAAAAUGAAAUUGCUUUUGUUAUGGUGAGUCUUUAUUAUAAUCAACUUUUGGGUUUUGCCACUAUUCAAUAUGUCCCUCCAGCUAAUAAACCUUUACUGGAUGAUAUUGUCCUGGAAUAUGGACUGCAUGGUUAGAGUUUGCAUCUGGAUCUGCAUGGCAAAAGCUGCAGAUACCUGUGUGGAACUUUCAAGGGCCUCUUCUGCGGGAGAGGUGAUAUUGAAAAUGGGUACCUGAGGCUCACAUUUGUAGGCUUAAAGGAUAUUAGGAAGCACCUGCCUAUUAUUGGGACACUUGGCAUAUGCUGGGAAACAGAUGUGUUUAAAGGCAGUGUGAAGGACUGCUUCAUGAUGGAUUUGACUCUGUUGGAUGAAAGUGGAAAGCCCUCCUGGUGUUUUAGUAGUCCAGUCCACAUGGAACUGUCUUUCAAGGCAUCUGGCCUUUUUGACUACAUGGGUCAUAUCUAUACUGCAGACUAUGCAGAUUCAGAGGGCAAAGUCUGUGUUGAGUUUGUAAGGUUCGAAGAAACCAGGGAAUAUGUCAUAGUCAGAUUGGUGCUUUAUGUGAGCACCAUAAAGGUAAAUAGCUGGUAUGGAACAAAUUACUGA